AUGUCAAUUGAUAAUUCAACGUUGAUCGAAUGCUACGAGGACGCAUCACUGGCCGAUGGUGGUCGUGUAUUUUUUGUGGCCGGAAUAGGUACAGUACUAUGCUCGGUCGGGGUGCUUUUCAAUACCAUACUACUGAUAGUAUUCUCAAGAAUGUCAUCCACUCGUAGUCAUUUGAUUUACUUAAUGUGCCUUUGUUGCUAUGAUAUUCUCGUCGAAAUAUCUUAUAUGGUGCGUUUUAUCACCUCUUUUAUUUGCUUAUCCACACAGUCGUUGGAUUGUUUAUCAUUUGUUAUUUAUGUGCUGUCAGCACUGAAUAUUUAUGAGCUGAAUUUGACAUUUCCGAAAACAUCUCAGAAAAGGUUCGCACAGUAUCAAAAUAAUCCAAAUUGCAGCUACUCUUCACCGUAUCUGUACUAUAUGAUUACUACCAUAUCUAUUUUUUGUACAAACUAUGGCAUCAAUACGCAAAGGUUGUCUCAACAUGUGCACAGGUCAUCACUGUCAUUUCAUUUUGCUAUUCUGAUUCCAAACAGUGUCUAUAUAAUAAUCGCGGCCUCUGCGGAGCGAUUCAUCCUAUCGCGUGAUCAGCAACUUCGACGAUUCACGAUGAAGCAGAGACUAAUAACGAUCUGUAUAACGCUCUUAUUGGCGAUUUGCGUUAAGGUUGGUCACUCGGGAAUUCGACACUCCUCAACGGCUAUUUCGGUUCUUAUAACUUGA